GAUUACAGUGUUAUUACAGCACUUCCUUUACCUGCAGCAGGUAUGCUCUGUUACAGUGUCACGCCAGGGCACCGCAGUCCGCAGCACUAACCACCGCGCUGCCUGUCACCCGCUCUGGCCGCCUCUAGUCUACACGUGGGCACCUGGCGGCUCCUCCUGGCAUUUCCCAGGUUACGCCGGUACCAGAGCUGCCUUCCCCCAGCACAGCGGGACAAGAGCUGGUGCCGUGUAAUGGGCGUGCGGGGCCAGGGCUUACCUGCUCCGUGACUGACUGUACUGUACUGUGGUCAGGUGAUCGGGGCAGCGGGGCAGGGACGGAGACUGAUUGGAAAGUGUCCCAGCAGCAGCGGCGGCCACCUCCUGAAUUAGCAUCAUGACUGAGCGGAGCCCGCUGCUCACCUACCGGCUCAACGUAUCCACAGAGGUGAGUGCGGCCGGGGAUGGAGCCGCCCGGAGCCCGAGGAAAGCACAGCAGCGCUCAGGGUCUCGGAAACUCUCCACCUUCCUGGGGGUCGUGGUGCCCACCUUGCUGGCCAUGUUCAGCGUAGUCCUCUUCCUCAGGGUUGGGUUCGUUGUGGGACAGUCUGGCCUGUACGAGACGGUGGGCAUGCUAAUCUUGUCUUAUUUUAUCAUUGGUAUGACUGUGCUGUCAGUCUGCGCAAUUUCAACCAAUGGAGCCCUUGAUGCUGGUGGAGCUUACUACAUGAUUAGCCGGGCACUUGGCCCUGAGUUUGGUGGCAGUAUUGGUAUAAUGUUCUUCUUGGCCAAUGUGUGUGGCAGCGCUCUUUACAUACUUGGCCUAGUAGAGACCAUCAUGGCUAUGUUUGGAAUCCCACCAGGUCAAGACAGAAGUGGAAACCAUAUUUUUCCUCAGAGCUAUUGGUAUGAGUUUCUCUAUGGCACCAUCUUGCUCUUCUUGUGUGUCCUUGUUUGCUUAGUUGGAGCCAGCAUCUAUGCCAAGGCUACAUUCCUCAUUUUCAUUAUCGUCAUGGUCGUUCUCAUCACUGUAUUCAUCAGCUUCUUUGCUGUGAAAGAAAAAGUUAUCGACAUUAUUACCACAGGUGACAAUGGAACUAAUUUUUCCAAUGGGACCUUUACUGGUUUCAAGUUUUCAACACUCAAGGCCAAUCUAUACCCACAGUAUGCCACAGACUAUACUACAGGAAGAAUGAUGAGUUUCACCACAGUCUUUGCUGUUAUGUUCAAUGGUUGCACUGGUAUUAUGGCAGGAUCAAACAUGUCAGGAGAUUUGAAGAACCCAAGUUACUCUAUACCCCGAGGGACAAUCACUGCUGUAAUCUUCACCUUCAUAAUCUACACAUUGCUUUCCCUGAUGGUCAGCUGCACUUGUGACAGGAUUCUCUUGCAGAAUGAUUACAGUUUCUUAAGGGAUAUUAAUGUUUGGCCGCCACUUGUCACUAUCGGAAUUUGCUGUUCUACCCUCUCAGCCUCUAUGAGUAAUUUGAUUGGAGCAUCCCGCAUCCUCUAUGCAUUGGCAAAGGAUGAGCUGUUUGGAAAGCUCCUAAUACCAGCAAAAAAGACAUCGCAAGGAGGCAACCCCUGGGUGUCUGUCAUCAUGUCCUGGUUCCUGGUCCAGCUGGUGCUCUUUGCAGGAAAACUAAACACCAUUGCAGCAAUUGUGACAAUUUUCUUCCUUCUGGUGUAUGCUGCUAUAGGUCUUGCCUGUCUGGCACUGGAAUGGGCGUCUGCACCAAAUUUCAGGCCAACGUUUUACUACUUCACGUGGCACACAUGUAUUCUGGGGAUUUUGGGUUGUUUGACCAUGAUGUUCCUUAUCCAAGCUAUUUAUGCCUCAGCCAGUAUUGCCUUCAUGUUGGUCUUGCUUCUGUGCCUACAUUACUUGUCUCCCAGUCAUAGUUGGGGCUUUAUAUCCCAGGCACUCAUCUUCCAUCAGGUGAGGAAAUACUUGCUCAUGCUGGAUGUACGUAAGGACCAUGUCAAAUUUUGGCGCCCACAGAUUCUCUUGCUUGUCUCCAAUCCACAUAACCACAAAAGCCUAAUUACAUUUGCAAACGAUCUGAAGAAAAGUGGCCUGUUUGUACUAGGACAUGUGAGUUUGGAAGAGUUGGAUGUGCUGCCGUCUGACCCUCUGCAAACACAGACAGACUCCUGGCUUCAGCUAGUUGAUGAACUCAAUAUCAAGGCCUUUGUCAACUUAACAUUGUCUGACUCUGUGAGAUACGGGGCCCAGCAAUUACUCUUUAUAUCUGGAUUAGGUGGAAUGAGACCCAACACUGUUAUCCUGGGGUUCUAUACCCGGUCCUCCCCAGAUGAUUUAUUAAAGAAUGAGCUUGAAUCAGAUCAAGAUAGGACUCCUCCAUUUGCACAUAGCUUAGCAGGCAGGAGGCCAUCUGCUCAAAACUUCACUCCUUGGGAAUAUGUUGCCAUCAUAUCUGAUUCUAUUAAGAUGUCCAAAAAUGUGGUGCUAGCAAGGUACUUCUCAGACUUUGACAGAAGUUGUGUCUGUAACUUACGUGGUAAAGAGACUUAUAUCGAUGUCUGGCCAUUAAACCUUCUGCGACCAGACAGCGCUACUUACGUGAACACUUGUAGUUUAUUUCUUCUGCAAAUGGCAUGUGUGUUGAACAUGGUGAGAUCAUGGAAAAAAGCUAAGUUGCGUCUGUUUCUUUGCAUAGAGAGGGACAGUGGCUUGUGUGGCCAAGAGGUAAAACUGAAACAGUUACUAAAAGACCUUCGCAUCAAGGCUUCUAUCCAGACAGUUGAAUGGGACUCUGUUGUUGCUCUUCAUUGGCAUAAGCAGAUGGAAGUAAAUUCAAGUACUGAAGAAGAAGCCUACUUGAAUUUUCCAAACAACUCCAUCCGGAUAUCAAAUGAUUAUUUGGAGGCUGUCAACCAGAUGAUCCUGAAUCAGAAUCCUAUGUCUCCUCCAGCUGUCAGGUUCUUGUAUCUCCCCUGUCCGCCUGCAGACACAGCUGUUUACAACAGAUUUCUUCACCAAGUGGAGAAAAUAAGCAGAAAUCUGGGACCAACUCUGCUUAUCCAUGGGGUCAGUCCUGUCAUAAGCACUGAGCUCUGAUACACAUGGAGAACAGGACCUGGCUAGGCACAGUAUAAAUAAGUGUUUCAUGCAUUUCUGUCAUUGCCAUGACCAGCACUGGCCUUACUGUACGUAAUGCAGGCAGACAUAUUGUACAUAGGCCCUCAUUCCGAGUUGUUCGCUUGCUAGCUGCUUUUAGCAGCAGUGCAAACGCUAAGCCGCCACCCUCUGGGAGUGUAUCUUAGCUUAGCAGAAGUGCGAACGAAAGGUUCGCAGCGCUGCUACAAAAAAAGAUUGUGCUGUUUCAGAGUAGCUCGAGACCUACUCCUAGCUUGCGUUCACUUCAGACUAUUUAGUUCCUGUUUUGACAUCACAAACACGCCCUGCGUUCGCCAAGCCACGCCUACGUUUUCCCAGCCACUCCUGCGUUUUUAUCUGGCACGCCUGCGUUUUAACACACACUCCCCGAAAACGGUCAGUUAGCACCCAGAAACACCCACUUCCUGUCAAUCACUCUGCGGUCAGAAGUGCGACUGAAAAGCGUCGCUAGAGCUUGUGUAAAACUGCAUCGGCUUUUGUGAAAGUACGACGCACGUGCGCAGUGUGCCCCAUACGCAUGCGCAGAAGUGCCGAUUUUUUGCCUGAUCGUUGCGCUGCGACCGAAAGCAGCUAGCGAACGACUCGGAAUGACCCCCAUAAUCUGAACUACGACCCUUGAUAUAAAUGAGGGCUCAAUUUUUCUUAUUCUGGUGCCAAUCACUGUAAUAUGAGAUUACUGUGGGUGUUGCUAGCCUUUGGUUACCUCAAUAUUUAGUGUGGCAUUCUCAUCAAAUGUAUGGACUCCAAGUAUUUGAGCAAGUAUAGUACUGUAAUAAUGUGCUACUGUGUCUUAAAGAUGCACCACACAUCUUGGAAGUAUAUGUGAUGAUUGUUGAUUGAAUUUGUCACCUGAUCUUGUCAUUCAAAACUGUAAUAAUGCGCAUUACAGACCUGUCAUCAUUCAAUAUGUUCGCUGAUGUCCAUAGUCAAGUUAGGAGUCCAAAUCUCUUGAACAUUUGCACUUUAGUGUACUUAUAUCAGAUUCAGACAUGUAAUACAUAGAAUAGCACAAGCAAAUAGCUUAAGUAUGUAAAAAUAUCAUCUGUGCUACAGAAAUGGUGAAAUAAUAGGUACACAGGCUGGGAAUAGGCAGCAUCAAAUUCUCCUCUACUACCAAUGGCAUGGUAAAAUGUUAGCACUCAGUGCAUGUUCUUUGAAGUGGUUUAAGUGUUAUUGAAACAGAUUCAUCUCCCAUGACCUUAUUCUGGAUUGAAAUGUAAUGCUGGUUUGGGUACUGUCUGCAACAGAUCUUUUACUGAAUGUGAUGGUGUUACUGCCUCCUUAUAGGCCAAUUACAUUCCCAUGCAAGCCUUGGUAAUACAUUCAUUUAUUAAUGUCUCUUGCGUCCUUUGCUAAAUCGUUAAUAACUUUGGAAACACAAUAAUACAAUGACACCAGCAAACUACAUUCCUGUUUUCUUCCGUCCAUAAUCUGUCGCUGUGAAUAAUAGUAGCUUCCUACAUUUUGAAAAAUCAUCUCUUUGUUAUUUUUAUUACCCUGCAUGGGACUGUUUUCUCUCAUUGUACCAAAGAAUAAGGAGAUCAUGUAUCAAUGUUCUGAAGAUUGAGGGAUUUUUUCAUAGUAAUUAAAUGAUUUUUCUCUUACAUCCUAGAGGAUACUGGGGUUCAA